AUGAUGUGCGAGGUGAUGCCGACCAUUACCGAGGGAGACUCGGGUGGUCCUCCGAGGGGAGGCGGCGGCGGCGGCGGCGGCGGCGGCGGGGGCGGCGGCGGCGGCGGCGGGGUUCUGAACGGGUCGGAGCAGGAGGCCAACUUCGAGCAGCUCAUGGUCAACAUGCUGGACGAGAGAGACAAGCUGCUGGAGUCCCUCAGGGAAACCCAGGAGACCCUCAUCCAGUCCCAGACCAAGCUGCAGGGCGCGUUGCACGAGAGGGACGCGCUCCAGCGGCAGAUCAACGCCGCGCUGCCUCAGGAGUUUGCCACCCUGACAAAGGAGCUGAACGUAUGCCGGGAGCAGCUGCUGGAGAAGGAGGAGGAGAUAUCAGAGCUGAAAGCUGAGAGGAAUAACACCAGGCUGUUGUUGGAGCACCUGGAGUGUCUGGUGUCUCGUCACGAGCGCAGUCUGAGGAUGACAGUGGUGAAGAGACAGGCUCCUCCGCCAUCUGGAGUCUCCAGUGAGGUGGAGGUGCUCAAAGCCCUGAAGUCACUUUUUGAACACCAUAAGGCCCUGGAUGAAAAGGUGCGUGAGAGGCUGCGGGUGGCUCUUGAGCGGGUGGCCACUCUGGAAGGGCAGUUAUCAGUCACCACACAAGAGAGACUUCCAAACGGCUCAAUAGACGCCCACGACGACGGCAGCCGGGUGGCCGAGGUUCAGGAGCGGCUCGACCGGACCAUUCAAGAACUGUCUCAGAGCCGGGAGCGUAGCAAUACGCUCACAGCCCGUGUGGGCGAGCUGGAGGCGGAGCUAGCCAAUGUACGGCGGGAGCUGAGUCGCAGUGAGGAGCUGUCAAUCAAACAACAGAGGGAACAGAGGGAGGGGCUCGCGCAGAGAGAGGAUAUGGAGGAGAGAAUAACUACACUGGAAAAACGCUACCUGGCCGCCCAGAGAGAGACCACCCACAUCCAUGACCUCAAUGACAAACUGGAAAAUGAGCUGGCCACCAAGGACUCCCUGCACAGACAGAGCGAGGAGAAGGUGCGCCAGCUACAGGAGCUGCUGGAGAUGGCGGAGCAGCGGCUGGCGCAGACCAUGAGGAAGGCCGAGACCCUCCCAGAGGUGGAGGCUGAACUGGCACAAAGAGUGGCAGCUCUCUCCAAGGCUGAAGAGCGCCAUGGCAACGUGGAGGAGCGGCUCAGACAGCUGGAGUCUCAACUGGAGGAGAAGAACCAAGAACUAGGAAGGGCCCGUCAGAGGGAGAAGAUGAACGAGGAGCACAACAAGCGGUUGUCGGACACCGUGGACCGCCUGUUGACCGAGUCCAACGAGAGAUUGCAGCUCCAUCUGAAGGAACGCAUGGCCGCGCUGGAGGACAAGAACUCUUUGAUUCAGGACCUUGAAAACUGCCAGAAACAGCUUGAGGAAUUCCACCACACCCGGGAACGACUGAUUGGCGAGAUUGAGAAGCUGAGGAAUGAGAUUGAUCAUUUAAAACGUCGCAGUGGGGUCUUUGGGGAUGGAACACACCCAAGGUCUCAUCUGGGAAGUGCCAGCGACCUUCGCUACUCUGUAGUGGAGGGCCAAGAUGGCCACUACAGCACAACUGUCAUCAGACGGGCACAGAAGGGCAGAUUGGCUGCACUACGAGAUGAACCAAACAAGGACUACCCGUCGCUGCGCGGAAGUGUCGGCCACCUGAUCGGCAGUGACAUCGAGGCAGAGUCAGACCUGGAUGAUGAUGUUAGCUCCACCCUCCUGUCUCCCAGCGGCCAAUCGGACGCUCAGACUCUGGCUCUCAUGCUGCAGGAGCAGCUCGAUGCUAUCAAUGAGGAGAUCAGGAUGAUCCAGGUGGAGCGGGAGUCGGCAGACCUGCGUUCUGAUGAGAUCGAGUCCCGUGUGAACAGCGGCAGCAUGGACGGACUCAAUGUGACGCUCCGCCCACGGGCCCUGCCGACCUCCGCUACAGCUCAGUCCUUGGCCUCGUCCUCCUCCCCGCCCACCAGUGGCUGCUCUACACCCAAACACCACACGCGCAACACCAGCCAUCAGCUGGGCAUCAUGACUCUGCCAAGCGACUUGAGGAAACACCGCAGGAAAGUAGCGUCUCCGGUGGAGGUGCGUGAGGACAAGGCCACCAUCAAGUGUGAGACGUCUCCCCCAUCCUCCCCCCGCAGUUUACGACUGGAAACCAACUUCGCCCAGUUCACUGGCAGUCUGGAGGACGACACCUCCAACCUACACAUUAAUAGGUCUUACCAGGUUACUAUACAUUCCAGCUGGCAGAAGAGAGGCAUCAAAUCAUCGAUCGGCCGUCUGUUUGGCAAGAAGGAGAAGGGUCGUAUGGAUCAGACCAUUGGCAGGGAGGGACAGCCCACACCUGUCCUGCCAGAUUUUGAAAUGAGCAUUGGUGACACCAUGACUCUGGGAAAACUGGGUACACAGGCGGAGAGGGACCGCCGGAUGAAGAAAAAACAUGAGCUGCUGGAGGAGGCCAGGAGGAGAGGUCUGCCUUUUGCUCAGUGGGACGGUCCGACUGUUGUGUCCUGGCUGGAGCUGUGGGUAGGUAUGCCGGCAUGGUAUGUGGCGGCCUGUCGGGCCAACGUGAAGAGCGGUGCCAUUAUGUCGGCCCUGUCGGACACAGAGAUCCAGAGGGAGAUCGGCAUCAGCAACCCGCUCCAUCGACUCAAACUCCGCCUGGCCAUCCAGGAGAUGGUCUCCCUCACCAGCCCCUCUGCACCGCUUACCUCCAGAACGUCCUCCGGAAAUGUGUGGGUGACUCAUGAAGAGAUGGAGAACCUGGCCUCCUCCACCAAAGCGGAGAGUGAGGAGGGCAGCUGGGCGCAGACUCUCGCUUACGGCGACAUGAACCACGAAUGGAUCGGCAACGAGUGGCUGCCCAGCCUGGGCCUGCCCCAGUACCGCUCCUACUUCAUGGAGUGUCUGGUGGAUGCCCGCAUGUUGGACCACCUCACCAAGAAGGACCUGAGGAGCCACCUCAAAAUGGUGGACAGCUUCCACAGGGCCAGUCUGCAGUAUGGGAUAAUGUGCUUGAAGAGACUUAAUUAUGACAGGAAAGACCUGGAGCGCCGGAGAGAGGAGAGCCAACAUGACAUGAAAGAUAUGUUGGUAUGGACCAAUGAGCAGGUGAUCCACUGGGUCCAGUCCAUCGGUCUGCGGGAAUACAGCGGGAACCUGUUGGAGAGCGGCGUUCACGGCGCGCUCAUCACACUCGACGAGACCUUUGACUACAGCAGUCUUGCCCUCAUCCUGCAGAUCCCUAUGCAGAACACACAGGCACGUCAGGUUCUGGAGAGAGAGUUCAACAACCUGCUGGCUUUGGGGACUGACCGCCGCCUGGAGGAGAGUGGGGAUGACAAGUCAUUCCGACGCUCUCCAUCAUGGCGUAAGAGGUUUCGCGCACGGGAGGGCGGGACGGGUCUGGGAAUGAUGGCGGGCUCCAUGGAGACGCUGCCCGCUGGCUUCCGUUUGCCCUCCAUGUCCAUGCCCCCCUCCAUGUCUCUGGUGGCCAAGAAACAGCUCCAGCCCGAAGUGCAUUCUCAUUACCUGUAUGGACAUAUGCUUGCGGCCUUUCGAGAGUGA